UGCCAGGAAACAGGAGGAGUCACGGUAGCUCCUGGAUUCUGCACUUUAGGAUCAAGCAGUGAAAGACCUGGAGUAGGACAUCCCUUGGACCCUAAAAGGAUCUGAGCAGCUGGGCUUGUCUUUCGCUCUUUCCCCAGCUCCUCAGUUCCUCACUUUUAUUCACUCCCUGCCCUCCAGUCCUCACGCUUCUCCCCCAUCCAUCUGCUGUCACCUUCUUCCUCCAUUCUAUAUCCCCUCUUUGGACCCCCUCCUUCCCUCUCCCUCAAUUUCCCUCUUGGAGCCCCACCCCAGACUUUUCCCUUCUCCUUACCGCCCCUUUCCAGCGCAUCUCCCCUCCUCCAUUUCUCUCUCCCCUACCUGGUUCUCCACGGGAUCUGGCUACCUUCCUCCUCACUUCCGAGCCCCACCACCCCCUGGGCCCCGCCCAUCCGUGUUUGCUGUCCUCCCGGAUCCGGAUGAAGGGGUGGCCCUGCCCGUGCCCCGCCCUGCCCCACUUCUGGCAGCUGGGGUCUUGCUACAUGGCCCAGGGCUCCGGGCCUCGGGCCCCCCCGAAAGGGCCCCUGCUUAACAUCCAGCUCCUGCGAGCCCAGUAUGAAGGCCUGAGACGGAAGCAGAGGGCCCAGGCCCACGUCGUGGUGCUCCCGAAAGGAGGGAACCUGCCCACCCCAGCCGAGUCCAUGGUCAGUGCUGUUUGGAUUAACAUGGAGAGAAGGCAUUCCUUGACCCCAGAAGAGGCAGCUCCUGAGGCAGAGGAGACGCUGGAGGAGGAUGACAGGGGCUGUCUCCAGACCCCCGAGUCUCCCUGGCACACGCACCUAGAGAUGCACCGCCUGGUCCAAACCUUCCACCCGGGAACCAGUCUUCACGUAAAGCACAAGGACAAGUUCACGGGGUCUGGGCAAAGGCUCCCAGGCUUGUUUGAAGACACGCAGAUGACUCAGCAAGAAACCACCAGCCCAGGACCAGCCCAGCCUGAGUGCCAAGCAGACAAGUCACAGACAAAGGCGGUGGGAUCUGGCUUCCACGUGGGCACUCAGGGCCCUACUGCCAUAAAAAGGUCACACCGGACUGGAAAACCAGUUCACUAUCCAUUUCCCCAGAGGAAAACUCCCAGGAUCUCCCAGGCCGCCCGGAACUUGGGCUUAUAUGGUCCAGCCUGAAGCUCUCUACUCAGAGGUCUCAACUGUGAGGCCAUGUAUGGCCUCAUCAAGGAACCUGGGAGGCAGAGACACAACUAAGGCCUGGAGCUGUGAGCAGAGCUGAAUGACAUCAUUGUAGGUCAGACUGUGGGAAACGAACUUCACAGCGGGCCCAGGGUCUUGUGCCUCAAAAAAAAAGAAAGACUGCCCAGACCAGACUGCUCACAGCUCAGGGGGAACGAGUGCUGUUCCAUCAACACAGCCCCAUUCUGCUCACAUAAGGCGACAGUGCUGUGGACAUUGGCUCGGUCCCUGGAUCUAGAGAAUUCUGAAACAUAAAACAGAGACCCUAGUGGGUGGAAGCCUCAGCAGUGCCCUGGAGUCAACAGCAUGGGCAACCAUGUUUUCAGUAACUUCUGGGACUUUCUCACAUGUUCUGGAGAAGAGGAGCUCUGAGAACUGCCUCCUUCUGGUUGCUAUGCCUGGAGGCCAGCACACUAAGUCACUCCCUUCAUUCAUAGUGACCACAGCAUUUCUGCCCCCGCCUCGCAGAGUAUAGUCACCCUGGGUAAAAAGGGUCAAAACGAUGCUACCUACUGUUCUGUGUGUUGAAGGGUCUUUAGGAAGAGUUGGUCAUCUCUCCCCUCUCACUGAGACUGUACAUUCCAGCCUCAUUAUAGAUUUCCUUUUACCUUUCUCCCUCCAUCCUUCCCUUCCUUCCUUCUUUCCUAUUUGACUUCUCUGUCCUUCCCUUCCUCAAUCUCUCUCUCUCCAAAUUAAACAUUGCCCAUCACUGAAGAUAUAUACUAACAGAAGCCUCGGAGAAGAAAACAAAGAAACGUUCCUGCUUGGAAAGUAUAUGUUCCUCAAAAACGGCUCCCUUUUCAGCCACAUUUGAAUCAUUGAGAUCCUUCCUGGUAUAUUUUAAACCAAAGUGAAAUAAUACUGUUACUUGGUUAUUGGGGAAGAAAGUAUCUUACCUGGUUAACUUUAAUCAAUACACUUAAACACACCUAGGGUGACUUUUCCUCAUGCUAGAUUCUCUCUCUGUAAAGUUUUACCCACAUCUUCCUUUUUUCCCAAUGGUGAUUCAGUCUUGCCCACCCACAUGGAGAGUUGUUAGCUAGGAGUGUCAUUUUCUCUCAAAAACACGUAUGUGCCUUCUCCUUGAACCACCCAGAAACUCCCUCCAACUUGGGGAUUCAUUUUGAUUCCUUUUGUGAAUAAUUAAUGAGUCAGUUGUUAAUUUUUUACAGUCUAAUAAAAAACAAGACAUUUUGCUGAAAACGAAA